AUGGACCCUUUUUUCAUUGCAGCAAGCAAACUUCGUAGGAAGCAUUAUGAUGAAUGUAUUGAAAUAUGUGACCAAUUAUUAGCAAAAAACGCAUAUGAUCAGGCUGCGUGGUUCUUGAAAUGCAGAGCUUUAACGCUAAAAUGCUGGAUUGAUGAUCUUGAAAUUGAUGAAGAAGGCAUGGCUGAUAUUAUGCUUGAUGAAAAUUCAACGGCGGCAGUUCCAAGACCAGGGACUUCGAUUCAGAGACCAAAUUCAUCAGCAAGCGGAGGAAUUUCUCCAGCCAUGAGGCCAGUUACAAGAGGUGGGAGGCCUAUAACUGGAUUUGCGAGGCCUGGAUCUGCAAGACCAACUUCAUCAUCAGGCUCUAUCGAAGCCGCAAUUAGAUCACAAACUGGGAAGCCAGGCACGGCAAGGCCGGUGACAAGCUCCGGAAGAUAUCUAAGAUUAGGCACAGCUUCAAUGUUAAGCACUGGAGAUCAAUUUAUUGUUGCAGACAAACUUGAUAUGAAAAGAAUGGCCCAAAAGCAGGCUAUCGCUAAAGCGCUGUGCGAUUAUUUGAUAUAUGUUGAUCAUAACCCUAAAAAAGCUUUAGAAUUGUGCGCAGAAGCUACGGUUGUGUCAGGUUUUCAAGAUUGAUGGUGAAAAUCAAGACUUGGAAAAUGCUAUUUCCAGCUUGGACUGUUUAGGGACGCCCAGAAGCAGUUUGAAAGCAGCUUAAAACAAGAAGAUAUGAUUCCUACACAUAUAGAAUUGUCAAAAGUAUAUAUUCGGCUAGAUCAGCCUAAUUUUGCACUAAACCAGCAUAAAAAAGCUUUAGAUAAGCACCAAGAAAAUGAGAAUUUGACAUUAGCAUUAGCCAGGGUCAAUGAGCUCAUGAACAAUGCUGACUUAGCAGCUUCUCUCUUUAAAGCAGUUUUGCAGGUGAACCCAUGCAAUAUUGAAGCAAUAGCAUCCCUCGCAUCCCAUAAUUUCUAUACAGACCAUCCAGAAGUUGCUCUAAGGUUCUACAGAAGGCUGCUGCAAUUAGGAAUCAGCAACGUAGAAAUUUGGAAUAAUUUAGGACUAGCUUGCUAUUAUGCAGGACAAUACGACUUGUGCAUGAAAUGCAUGGAAAGAGCUUUGGAUGCUGACGAUAGCAAUGGAGAUGUGUGGUAUAAUAUUGCAAAUAUCGCAAUAGGCAUGGGAGAGCUGAACAUGGCUUAUCAUGCCCUGAAAGUUGCUGUAAGUGUAGAAAAUACACAUGCAGAAGCUUAUAAUAAUUUAGGGGUUCUAGAACUUAGAAAAGGGAACGUUGAGCAAGCUAGAAAUUACUAUCAGUCAGCUACAAGGAUUGCUGACUACUUAUAUGAGCCACUCUAUAACUCAGCACUGCUUGCAUUCCGAACUGGCGAAAUGCAAGAAAGCUACAACCUUGUACAGAAAGCUCUCGCAAUAUUCCCAGAGCAUGCUGACUCUAACUCCCCCCCCCUCCGUGAGUGAACAAAAAAAAUUUUGUUCACUCACGGAGGGGGGUUAAUUUUUUUUUUUUAAAAAAAUUUAUAUAUAAAUUUUAUAAAAAAUAUUUUUUUUCGAAAUUUAAAAAAAUCCUAAUUCGCAAAAAUUGGAAAGCAAAUAUUAAUUCAAUUUGCAAAAUUUAUGUUUUUAAAAAGCAAUUCGUUUAAAAAUAAACAGAAUUAGCUCUAGAUUUCAUUAUAAUAAUUAUCAUUUAUAUAUCAAUUUUUUUUUCCAUAAAAAAUUUUUCUAUUAAAAAAAUUUUUGUUCACUCACGGAGGGUGGGUUUUUGGGCAAAAAAUAGCGAUUUUUCUAAUGGUUUUGUUCACUCACGGAGGGGGGGGGGAGUAAGGAGCUGCUAAAGACACUAAAGCAGCAUUUUGAUUCUUUAUAA